ACCUUAUCGUAUUGUUUAUGUUAUUGCAAUAGUUUCAAAAAGAUUUUUUAGUUGAUGCCAGGGAAUUGUGAGUGUAAGAUAAUUUUCUAGUUUUAUUAAAGAAAAUGACCAGCAACGAAGUAUAUAUUGUGGCCGCAGCUAGAACACCUAUUGGUUCUUUCAAUGGUUCAUUGUCAAAGUUAAAAGCCUCCGAUUUGGGAGUUAUAGUCAUUAAGGAUGUUUUGAAAAGAUCCAACGUGGAAGCUAAAGAUGUGCAGGAAGUUAUUAUGGGACAGGCUCUUACUGCUGGUCAAGGACAAAAUCCUGCUAGACAAGCCUCCCUGGCAGCUGGUUUACCCAUAGAAGUACCCGCCUAUAAUCUAAAUAUGUUGUGUGGUUCCGGUUUAAAAACCGUGGCUUUGGGUUAUCAAUCUAUACGCUGUGGUGAUUCUAAUAUAGUUAUUUGUGGUGGUCAAGAGAAUAUGAGUAUGUCACCACACGUUAUGCAUUUACGUCAGGGCAUUAAAAUGGGUCCCGGUACUAUGAUUGAUACCAUGAUACAUGAUGGACUUACCGAUGCUAUGCAUAACAUUCAUAUGGGUAUAACUGCUGAAAAUUUGGCUAAGGAAUUUAAUAUAACUAGAGAAGAACAAGACAUUUCUGCUGUCAAAUCACAAAAUCUAGCAGAAGAGGCUCAAAAGAAGGGCUAUUUCGAUAAAGAAAUUACACCGGUAGAAAUUGUCGAUCGUAAGGGUACCACCGUUGUCGAUAAGGAUGAAUAUAUUAAAUAUGGUACUAAAUUGGAAGAAUUACAAAAGCUAAAACCCUGUUUUAUACCACAAUCGGGCACAGUUACCGCCGGUAAUGCUUCCGGUAUUAAUGAUUCUGCUGCGGCGGUUUUACUUAUGUCUCAACAGGAAGUAGAGAAACGUAAUAUUAAGCCUUUAGCUAAAAUUGUGGCCUGGUCUCAGACUGGCAUUAAACCCGAAGUAAUGGGUCUUGGUCCCGUGACAGCAGUAGAAAGUGUGUUGUCCAAGGCAAACUGGUCUAAAGAUGAAGUGGAUUUGUUUGAAUUAAAUGAAGCCUUUGCUGCCCAAUCUUUGGCCGUUCUUAAAAACUUACAAAUCGAUGCUGCUAAAGUUAAUAUUAAUGGUGGUGCUAUAGCUUUGGGUCAUCCUAUUGGUGCCUCCGGUUGUCGUGUUUUAGUUACUUUAUUGUAUGCUUUAGAACGUACUGGUGGCCGUAAAGGUGUUGCUAGCUUGUGUAUUGGCGGUGGCAUGGGUAUUGCUAUGGCAGUAGAACGUCUUUGAUUUUGUAUUUUAAAAUUUAUUAAUUAUAUAUAUUUAUAUAAAAUAUAUAUAUAUUUUAUAUUUAUUGAAAAAGUGCUUUAAUGACAAUAAAUUGUAAAAUUAUUGCAAAAA